GUAGUAGUAGUGUGUCCGUGUGUGUGUUGUCUCCGCGCUGGCAGUCGGCCUCCAGAAGCACUCACCGGAGGCUGUAUGGAAACUAAUCAUAUGACUGAGCGUUUUUAAUUUCGCGAACACGCCGGAGUGCUGUUUUGUUGUUCAGAAAUAUUGCGGGUUGAUUAGUUUUUUCGAAGGCUGCUGCUGGUGCUGUGCUGUCUGUUCCCUCGUGCCGUGAGACUGCGGAGUGGAGUGUUCGUGAGGCGACGAGGGCGGUUAUAUAUUAAUAAUAUUCUGGUGAAUCAGUUAUGGGGAGGAAUAAGUUUAAGACUUGGCGAGAACUGAAAAUAUAGGUGGUGGGUGUGCCUUCUGUUCCUAACCCGAGUGAAGUUUGCUCCUCCAGUACAGCUGCUAUGUGCGGUUUGCCAACAGGCAGAAACCUUCUUGGUCACGCAUCGUCGACAACAACACUACUCACUCCACACUUUUGAUUUUUUUUUGUGGUUUUUUUUCUUCUUUUUUUAAUGUGGACAGGUCAAUUUUUUUUUUUUUUUUAUUAUUAAAGCAAGUGACCCGAUAAUUUCCAGAAAAACUUCCACCUAAAAAGUGGGCAGAUUGAGUCCAAAACCAGUUCCCCGAUCCGUAGUUGUAAUCAUGAUGUUGAGGGAGUCGCAGGGGUUAAAUAUCCUCGCGAUAAAUGACAGGAUUUGUGCACAAAAGUGAACUUCUGUACAUGGAAGCAUUGGAGGGUGGCCCUGGUGAAUGUUUUAAACUUCCUUUGAGUGCAUUUGACCGUACAGUUGAUUUCCUGAUCUUGGUUCCUUGGAUGCCCCCCUGGCCCUCGCGGUUCACCUACCUAACUGGGCCCCUCAAACAGAACCGGAAAACUGUACAAUUUGCUGUGUUAUUUUUGUUCCAUCAGGAAGCGUCCCAUUAUGUCGUGUACGUUUAUGAAAAAGUUAUUUGCGUGACAACUGCCUGUUGUCAAGUGGAACUGGCAACCUUGAUUGCUCUUCUCUGGGAAGAGUCUGCCCACAUCUGACUUGCUUUUAAAGUAAUUUUUCUGUCUGGUGAAGGCAUUUAAUUGUGUUCACUUCCAGUCAACAGUGGCAUUAGUCUGAUGUUGUGCUGAAGCAUUUUGUCUUGAUAGUGGUGCUGGGAUGCUUCGCUGCCGUGUGAGUUGUUGCCCCAUAAUUACUUACUUUUUUAUCUGAACGGACUAGUUUUAAUUGAAGAGUGAGCCUAUAUUCUGCCAGAGUAUUUUCCAAGUUUGCCUUUUCCCAGUCCAAGGAAGUUUGCCUCCAGAUUAGAGGCAUUUAACUUUAUGAAGGUUGUAAAAACUUCGAUUUUCUUUAGCUUUUGUGUUCUGUGUUUACUAACGCCUCUGCAGGCUACCAAGAAAAAGUAGUAAUUUCUUUUCUUUCCGCUUAGGUGUUCAGCUGCACCUACCUCUGUCGUCACUUUUUAUAUUUGCAAGGCACACCAUCCAUCCAUUCAUAAGGAUCACCUGCCCACUGCUUGUGUUUGUGUGAGUGAGGGAGUGCUUGCGUGUGUAUCCUGCACGUGGCACCACUAUGUCCUCCAUCCUGCCUUUCACCCCACCGGUGGUGAAACGGUUGCUGGGCUGGAAAAAGUCUGCAAGUGGCUCUGGGGGAGGUGCCGGAGGAGGAGAUCAGAAUGGCCAGGAGGAGAAGUGGUGUGAGAAGGCUGUGAAGAGUCUGGUGAAGAAGCUGAAGAAGACCGGCCAGCUGGAUGAAUUGGAGAAAGCCAUCACCACACAGAACUCCAACACAAAGUGUGUCACCAUCCCCAGGUCCCUGGAUGGGAGACUGCAGGUGUCCCACAGAAAGGGCCUGCCCCACGUCAUCUACUGCCGUCUGUGGCGCUGGCCUGACCUGCACAGCCACCAUGAGUUGCGUGCCAGUGAGUCCUGCCAGUAUGCCUUCCACCUCAAAAAGGAUGAGGUGUGCGUCAACCCCUACCACUACCAGAGGGUGGAGACACCAGUCCUGCCACCUGUUCUGGUGCCUAGACACUCGGAGAUCUUGACGGAGCUGCCGCCAUUGGAUGAUUACACUCACUCUAUACCUGAGAAUACCAGCUUCCAUACUGGGAUUGAGCCCCCAAACAACUAUGUACCAGAAACCCCACCCCCUGGCUACAUCAGUGAGGAUGGGGAAACUAGUGAUCAACAGAUAAACCACAACAUGGACACAGGUUCUCCUGCGGAACUGUCCCCAACUACACUUUCACCUAUCAAUCACAGUCUUGACCUUCAGCCGGUGACCUACUCGGAGCCAGCCUUCUGGUGCUCCAUCGCCUACUAUGAGCUUAAUCAGCGUGUUGGUGAGACCUUCCAUGCUUCACAGCCUUCACUGACUGUGGAUGGCUUCACAGACCCCUCCAACUCAGAGCGCUUCUGCCUGGGCCUGCUCUCCAAUGUGAACCGCAACGCCACCGUAGAAAUGACCCGGAGACACAUAGGGAGAGGUGUCAGGCUCUACUACAUUGGUGGGGAAGUGUUUGCUGAGUGCCUCAGUGACAGCGCCAUCUUCGUUCAGAGCCCCAACUGUAACCAGCGCUAUGGCUGGCACCCAGCAACUGUCUGCAAAAUCCCCCCAGGCUGUAACCUAAAGAUCUUCAAUAACCAGGAGUUUGCUGCCCUGUUGGCCCAGUCGGUGAACCAGGGCUUUGAGGCAGUGUAUCAGCUUACCAGGAUGUGCACCAUCCGUAUGAGUUUUGUCAAAGGCUGGGGGGCUGAGUACAGACGGCAGACUGUGACCAGUACCCCCUGUUGGAUUGAACUGCACCUUAAUGGACCUCUACAGUGGCUGGACAAAGUUCUGACUCAGAUGGGCUCGCCAUCCGUACGCUGCUCUAGUAUGUCAUAAUCUCCUCCCAUGGAAACAAGUUGCCUGCAGCAGUCUCAGAAGAGAAAACCCCCCUGGCCUCACACCCAAAAAAAGUCACUGUUCAAUCUGUGGCACUUGCUGACCAAUCAACUUUACGCACCUUGUUUAAGACUCUCUGAACUGUAGGUAUUAGGUGUUUGGGCGGUCCAAAUGUAUACUGAUGUACCAGUUUAUUCUCUCAAGGCUAAGGCAAGGACACAUCUACUCCUCAGUAUUACAGGACACUUCACUAUGGGGGCUGUUAAGCCUUUUAUGUUGUUCGGGUUCAGCUUUUUGUCAGCAAGACCAAAUGGUUUUUUUUUUUUUUUUUUCUGACAGUGUUCAGAUUUUUAAGGAAGAGGAGCUAAUGCUAAGUUAAAAGAAUGUCUGAUAUUCUUAACUUUAUUUUUAUGAAACCGCAAGAUGACAGGCACCUCUUUUUCACCCACAUUUUUAAAGUUUCCCUCGUUGAACAUUACCAUUUUUUCCCAAAGAGGUGUGUGUGGAUUUAGACAGGCGCACUUAUUUGAGAACAGGUGGGAAUGUUGCAUAGUGAAACGUGGCUCAGAAUUGACAAGCCUGAUUUGGACUGACUGCUUCUCCCUCAGCACUCAUGGCACUGAGUGUUCUGUAAACGACAAGCCCAGAUAGCGGGCUCGACCCAGUCUCGUCCCUGCUUCAUUCUGAGACAGACUUCCCUUGGCAAUGAGGAUGUUUCCCAUGACUCCUAUCACCACUGUCUGAUGCCCAGGUCUCCAGAUUAAAUAUGAAGGAUGGCUUAUGGUAUUGGUGAACUUCAUCCAACACUGUCAAUGUUUAAA